CUUCUCCAAAACCCUAAACCCCCUCCCCAUGGAUUGAUUCCUCCGGCCAGAUCACUCUCCAAUCUAGCUUCGACUCCUCCGCCGGAAACGUCUGACGCCGCCGAACGGACGGACAGCACGAGCGGCGCCUCCAGAGGGAGACACCGCAACACAGUGACACGCACGCCAGGCAAAGAGCAAUGGCGUCGACCAACGAGUCGUCCUGCGUAACUCAGAAGGUGCUGGGCAAGCACCGGUUCCAGAUCUGCCAGUUCAGCUACGGCAAUGUCGGUGGCAAUGAUUACAUCCGCUCCGGGACCUUCAGGGUGGGGGGAUUCGACUGGGCCAUCGUAUACUGUCCGGACGCCGAUGCAGAACACGGUUGGGGGUACAUUUCGGUUUAUCUGGAGUUGAUGAGCAAGUACGCGGAGGUGUCGGCGCUCGUGGACCUCAGACUGAUCGACCAGGUCACUGGAAAGCCGUGUACGAUAUGCGCGACGAAGAAUUUUCCGAAUCAGUUCAAGUCUAGCAGCUUCGAGGAGGCUGCCCACAGGGUGGUGCUUGCUGCCCGAUCACCGGUUUUCAAACAGCAGCUCUGUAAACCCAUGAAGGAGACAAAAAUGAAACACGUAACCAUCGAUCGUAUGGAACCGGCGGUUUUUGAGUAUAUGCUCCAUUUCAUCUACACUGAUUCCUUACCUAGGAUGGACGAUCUUGAUAGAUCUGAAUAGAAUGAUGUGUUCCAGCAUCUGCUUGUGGCUGCGGAUCAAUAUGGGUUAGAGAGGUUGAAGCUUAAGUCUGAACGGUUCUUGUGCAUGAACAUUGAUGUGGGGAAUGUGACUGGUUUACUUUGUCUAGCUGAACACCACAACUGCCAGAAACUUAAAGGAGCUUGCGUCGAUUUCAUGGUUCCCUUGGAAAGAGUCGAUGCUGUGGUGGCAAGCAGAGAUUAUGAGAUAAUGAAAAUGGUUUCUCCCUCUC